AUGAAAGUUUGCCACAUGAUUGGCGUUGAUCUACCAGACGGUGACCUGAAAGAAUCAUUUAAUUACACUUCAGCUACUGAAGAUAAUGACUGGCCAACUGAAUCAGCGUGUCCUGGAUUCAAGACUACCAACAAGGAUUUCUUUGAGCUGUGUGUUCCUCUACACAACCGAGUCUUGGAAGUCAUGGCACACGGCCUCAACAUUGAGGACCCUUUAUUUUUCGUGAAGCGCCACGCCCAGCCCAGUAGGGCCUGUCUCAGGUCACUGUUCUAUCCUUCCCUAGAUGACGUCACAGUCAAGGACCAACAAGUAAGAUGUAGUGAGCACUCUGACUACGGAGGUAUCACAAUGCUGUUCCAUCAGGUACCUGGCUUGGAGAGACACCGUGUUUUCUUGGACGGAACACCAGCUGAACGUAGUCAGAGUCGCCAGUCGAUUGUUUUCUUUGGUAACCCCAACGAGGAAGCCGUGAUUGAUUGCACCGAUAACAGCAACAAAUACCCACCAAUAACAUGCAGAGACUACCUGGACCAGAAAUACAGCGCUACUCACCAAUAG